AGCACAGAGAGGAACGAAUGAGCUCCUAUCUUCUUAUUUUCUAAAUCCAAUUGAAUUGAGUAGUUAUGCUCAGACGGCGUGGCUGCUUUAUUCUGGAACCAUCCCCCGUUUUUGUGGACGGAACAGUCGUCGUGAUGAGGAUGUUUGCUUUGUAACGAGCAAGGAUGACAAAGACAAUAGGAUACCGAGACUGGAGAUGGCAGGCUCUUUUGUGGCAUCACGUCUUCCUCUUGUGGACUACAGUGGAUGCGCAGACUCGUUACAGCAUCCCGGAGGAGCUGAAACAAGGGUCUGUGGUGGGAAAUCUAGCCAAAGAUCUGUCUUUGGGACUGUCUGAGAUAUUUGAGCGCAAGCUGCGUGUCGCCUCCGAGGCUGGUAAGCAGUAUUUCAGCGUGGAUGCGGGGAAGGGCGAGCUGCUGGUCAAUGACAGGAUAGACAGAGAGGCUUUAUGCGGACAAAGCGCCAGCUGCGUGCUCCCUCUGCAGGUCGUUGUGGAAAAUCCUUUGCGAUCCCAUCGAAUUGAAGUAGAAAUUAAAGACAUUAACGACAAUUCACCUCGUUUUCCUACACAGGAAAUUAACCUUAAAAUACCAGAAUCCGUUGCAGUUGGUACACGUUUUCCUUUGGAGAGUGCAGAGGAUCCUGAUGUUGGAGGAAAUUCUUUAAAAGGUUACAUAUUAACUAAAAAUGAUUAUUUUUCUUUGAAAUUUAAAAACGAAAAAAAUGGCCUAACUUCACCAGAGUUAGUGUUAGAGAAAUCAUUGGAUAGAGAAAAUAUGUCCAUUCAUCAGCUGCUAUUAACAGCACUGGAUGGAGGAAACCCUGUUAAAUCUGGAACAUGCAAAAUUAUCAUUAAUGUGCUCGAUAUUAACGACAAUGUUCCAAUAUUUGAUGAAAAAGAGUACAAAUUCUCUUUAAAGGAAAAUAGCACAAAAGGAACUUUAGUCAUGAAAGUUACAGCUACAGAUAUUGAUCAUGGCAUCAACAGUGAAAUUAAAUAUUCCUUUGGGUCUCGGACUCCGGAGGCUGUUUUAUCAACAUUUGAAAUUAACGAGCAGACCGGACAAAUAGUUUUAAAGGGAGAAUUAGACUAUGAAAAAUUCCCAUCUUAUCUGAUUGACAUUACCGCCAAAGACAAAGGUGUACCUGAAAUGGAGGGACACUGUCGCCUGCAGCUUAAUAUUGAAGACAUAAAUGAUAAUGCACCUGAAAUUAUUCUGACUUCUAAACCCAGUCCUGUACGAGAAGAUGCUCCAUCUGGCACAGUGGUGGCUUUGAUCAGCGUUAAAGACGUUGACUCUGGUAAUAAUGGAAACGUAACGCUGCAGCUUCCUAAAAGUUCCCCUUUCUCCCUGAAGCCAUCUUUCUCCCAAAAUUAUGAACUGGUCACCAGUGGCGCUUUAGACAGAGAGAGAGUGUCUGAGUAUAAGAUUGAGAUCACAGCCACCGAUUCAGGAUCUCCUCCUCUCUCCAGUAAGAAAACGAUAGCCGUCAGCAUCACCGAUGUCAAUGACAACCCUCCUGUAUUCUCCCAGAGUUCUUAUAAUGUUUAUUUAAAAGAGAACGGAGUAGCAGGCUCUAUACUGUACUCGGUGUCUGCAUGUGAUUUGGACGCCGGCGAAAACGCCAAAGUGACUUACUCCAUCGUGGACUCUAAAGUGCACGACGUGUCGGUGUCGUCUUACGUCUACAUGAACUCUGAGAACGGCAGCAUCUACAGCAUGCACUCGUUUGACUACGAGAAAGUCAAAGUGUUUCACAUUCAGGUUCAGGCAAAGGACCAGGGCUCUCCAUCUCUCAGCACCAACGCCACCGUCCAUGUUUUUAUCCUGGACCAGAACGACAACGCCCCCGCUGUUAUUUACCCCUCUCCACACGCGGCCUCCCAUCUCAGGGUUCCCCGCACGGCCAAAGCGGGCCACUUGGUCACCAAGGUGACGGCGGUGGACGCGGACUCGGGUCACAACGCGUGGAUCUCGUACAAAGUGUCGGAGUCCACAGACGCCUCUUUGUUCAUGGUCAGUGUGUACACAGGGGAGGUGAGGACUAAACGUGCUGUGUCCGAGCACGACGACUCCUCUCAGAGGCUGAUUGUAGAGGUCCAGGAUGACGGGGAAGCGGUCCAGUCGGCCACCGUCACGCUGUCCAUCCUGCUGGAGGACGGUGUGAGCGAGCCCAUGUUGGAGCUGAGACACAAGGCGUCCGAGCCCAGUAAGACAAGCGGCAGAAUCACACUUUAUUUGAUUGUGUCUCUGGCCUCGGUGUCCGUGCUGUCUCUGGUGACUUUGCUCAUCUUAGCGGUGAAAUGCAUGAGGAGCAGCAGAAGCAGCGCUAGUUGCUGCAUGAGACGGACACACUGUGAUGAGGACAAGAAACCCAACAGAAAGCUGCACAUUCAGCUCAACACUGAUGGACCUAUCAAGUACGUGGAGGUUCUGGGAGGAGACGUCAUGUCUCAGAGUCACUCCUUCAGGUCGUGCAUGUCUCCCGUGUCCGAGUACAGUGAUUUCACUUUGGUCAAGCCCAGCAGCACCGCUGACUUUAAGGAGGUCAUCAGCGUCCUGGACGCCUCUUUACCUGACAGCACCUGGACCUUUGAGAGCCAGCAGGUGAGCAGAGAAUACUACAAAAAAUGAAAAAUAUUUGGCUACGGUUCAUAACCCCACAAAAUAGAGUCCCAACCUUUUUUCAAAUUAGCAAAAAAUAUAUAUACAAAUGUACAUAAAUAGUGACAUUAAUUUAAUUUCCAUAUAUUUCCAGUAUGUCAUUUUAAUUGGGUCCAGGUCAAGUUCCUGAGUGUGUAAAUGUAACCUUUUGAGAAAAUGCAGUCUGCAGGCUUUGUGUUGCGGGCUACCCUGGUUGCUUUCAGGGCCGUUCUUAAGCAGUUUCAGCACCAUGUUGGCGGACAGCGACUUUGACCAAUGGUCUUGUGAGUGACCAUUACACAAUACUAACUGGUGGCAAUGGAGUUUUUAUGUUUUAUAUCUUCACUAACACUGAUUAAUAUUUUAAAAUAACUGACAUUAAGAUGUAUUCUAUAUUCUAGAGCAUAUAGGAGCUAUUUAUAAAUAUAUAUUGUAUACUAUACACUCACUGGCCAUAAUAUUAGGCACACUUGAGCAUCAAGGCCUGUGU